GCUCCGGACGCCGGGAGAGGCAGCGCCGCUGAGGAGGAGCGGGAGGAGGAGGAGGACAGGGAGAAGGAGAGGAAGGAGGAGGAAGAGGAGGAGGAGGGGAGGAGGGGAGGUGCUCCGGUCGCCGUCAGUGGGCAGCAGAGACGCGGCAUGCCCCCGGCGCGGGAGAGCGGGCUGUCCUCGGCAGGGCCAUGGGGACCCGCGCGCUGAAGAUGCCGGGGUGAGAGCAGCGGCACCAACCACUCGCUCGCUCCACCAUCACCUCCGCUCGGCCCCAGCGCGGCCAGCCCAGCGCCGGCCUCCUCGGCCUCCCUCUCCCUCUGCGCUCGCUCGCGCGCGCUCUCUCUCUCUCCCUCUCUCUCCUCUCUCUCUCUCUCUCUCUCUCUCUGCAUUAUUGUUUCCCACUCUACAGAGAUGGGGUCGGCUGAUGAUUAGGUCGGGAGCGAGUCAUUUUCCUCUAACGCCUGGUAAUAUUUAUGUAGGCAAAGAGGAGAGAGAGAGAGGGAGAGAGAGAGAGUGAGAGAAGGAGAAGGGGAGAGAGAGAGAGAGAGAGAGGAGAGAUAGGGAGAGAGAGAAGAAACGGGAGGAGGGGAUAAGGAAAUUAAACCCUUUAAGUCAAUGCAUAUUGUGGUGACACCGGCAGCGGAGCCCUCACGGUGGAGUCGGCCAGGGCUGUGCGCUCCCAAAAUAUGACCAGGGGUGCUUGGAUGUGUCGGCAGUAUGACGACGGCUUAAAAAUCUGGUUGGCAGCACCCCGGGAGAACGAGAAACCGUUCAUCGAUUCCGAGAGGGCUCAGAAAUGGCGACUGUCUCUGGCAUCUCUCUUGUUUUUCACAGUCCUGCUCUCUGAUCACUUGUGGUUCUGCGCCGAGGCCAAACUGACCCGGACCCGGGACAAGGAGCAGCAGCAGCAGCAGCAGCAGCAGCAGCAGCGCCAGCGCCAGCGGCAGCAGCGCCAGCGGCAGCAGGAGCCCUCCUGGCCCGCGCUGCUGGCCAGCAUGGGAGAGUCCUCGCCCGCCGCCCAGGCACACAGACUCCUCUCCGCCUCCUCGUCCCCCACCCUGCCCCCGUCCCCGGGAGACGGCGGCGGCGGCGGCAAGGGCGCCCGAGGCAAAAGCAAGCGGAGCAAAGCUCUUUUUCUAGGAAACUCUGCCAAGCCAGUGUGGCGCCUGGAGACUUGUUACCCCCAGGGCGCCUCCUCGGGCCAGUGCUUCACCGUGGAGAGCGCGGACUCGGUGUGCGCCAGGAACUGGAGUCGGGGGGUGGCGGCCGCGGGGGAGGAGCAGCAGCGCGCAGCUCCGCUCUGGAACCUGUCGGAUUUUUACCUUUCGUUUUGUAAUUCCUACACACUCUGGGAGUUGUUCUCGGGGCUGUCCAGCCCCAACACUUUGAACUGCAGUCUGGAUGAGGUGCUCACGGAAGGCGGGGAGAUGACCACCUGCAGGCAGUGCGUCGAGGCGUACCAGGACUACGACCACCACGCGCAGGAGAAGUACGAGGAGUUUGAGAGCGUGCUCCACAAGUACUUACAGUCGCAGGAGUACUCGGUCAAGUCCUGUCCCGAGGACUGCAAGAUUGUCUACAAAGCCUGGCUCUGCUCCCAGUACUUUGAAGUCACGCAGUUGAACUGCAGAAAGACAAUUCCUUGCAAGCAAUACUGUUUGGAGGUUCAGACGCGGUGUCCCUUUAUCUUGCCGGACAAUGAUGACGUCAUCUACGGGGGCCUCUCUAGCUUCAUCUGUACAGGGCUGUACGAGACCUUCCUCACCAGUGACGACCCCGAGUGCUGUGACGUCAGGAGAGAGGAGCCGGCCCAGGGCCCGGCCAGGGCGGCGGCGGCGGCGGCGCAGGGCGGCGGCUCCUGCCCCGGGCCGUCGCUCGCGCCGUCCUCGGCCACGAGACUGUGCGGCGGCAGACUCAAGCUGUGCGUGCUGGUCCUGAUGCUGCUGCACACCGUGCUCACGGCGUCGGCGGCACAGAGCGCGGCCGCCCUGAGCCUGCGGGGCCUCCCCGCGCUGGACGACAACUCCACCAACGAGGAGUGACCGCGCCGCGCCGCGCCGGACACCUCCACCCGCCGGCGCCCGGCCCGCGCCGCGCCGGACUCCUGCACCCACGGGCGCCCGGCCCGCGCGGGGCCCGGGCUGCUGCCCUCGCGUUGCUUCCUGCGGGGCCUGGAGGGCGCAGCUCGGAACACACCACGGGCCCGGACCCACACAGGGACGCAGCGGCGACCACGGCUUUUUACUGACUGAAAGGCUGUCCGUCCGGUGACUUUGAAUUUCUCACGCCAUUUUAUACACUGUGUUUUAAUGUUUGGAGGUUUUCUUUGCUUUCGGUUUGGGAUUCUUUGUUUGUUCAGUUUUUGCACCUGUUGAUCCCGGAUUUAUUUUGGGGGACGGUUUCUCAGCGGUGAACUGAGUCUUUUCACUGUCUUUCUAUUUCUAGUCAUCGUGUGUGUUCAUCAGGUAGUUCUGUCUUUACGUCCUGUCAGUUUCUAUUAGAGGAAUGACUGCUAUGACCUCAUGGUAUAGCAAAAAACAACAACAAAAAAAUUAAAAAAUUAAAAAGACAAAAAAAAGAAAACAACUAAAACAUAAAAAAAAAAACCUCCCCGAGUCUCCCCCUGUCCCCACGGAACCACCGCCCCGUGCAGCCGGCCCUCCCUCCCCCUGCACCCUCUGGUCCCCCGAGCAGACUCCAUCCGCUUGCUUCCGUGUGUGUAAUCACCGCGAGUGGCUUGCACGCUCCCGAGCCUCCGAGCCACUCCGCACAAACCCAAAUAGAGCGGCGCCAAGGGGGCCUGGCGCUGAACAAACAAGUGCUCUCCUAUCGGGUGGAAUCAGACAGCGAACACAUUCUUAUGCUGAAAACAAAACAACUAUCAUGGACCGUGUUGCUCAGAUCCCAAGCGGUCCAGCCUUUUCUUGCUGGCCACUGGGACCUGAGCAGCCAUCCAGCCAGGAUGAGGGUCGUGGAGGGAGUCCUUGCCCGUGGAGAACUCAGUCCUGUGGCAGUGAGAGACGAGCGCAUUCUGGCCAUGGCGAUGGGGACAAAGACAUUGAGGACACAGUCAGGGUCUUCAUUCCUCCUCUGUUGCUAGGAAGGGACAGUAGAAGUGCUCAACAUCUUCAGCCUACCGAGUAUGCACAAUUGUACCCCAGUAUUUCCUCCACCGCGUAGGGUUUAAAAUUAUCCCAGGUAUAAAGUGUAUGCAAUUCUGCAUUAUCACAGAACAAUUUCUGUUUUAAACAAGAACUAGGUCAGCCAUUUUUACUAAAGUGCAAAAACUUCAUCACUCGAACUUGCUCUAGGUAGCUGAGAAAAACAGAAGUCUGAUCACUGUGUUUUUUUUCUUUGUGGGAACAUUUCACCUGCUGAGUGUAUAUGAACUUGCUUUCUACAAAAGGCUUUUCUGAGUUUACAGUAGAAUCAGUGGAAGGAAGAGUUAAUAAGGGCUGUUUUUAAAAAAACAAACAAACAAAACUAAUAAGUAAAAAAAAAAAACUUUACAUUCCUUCCAAUCCUCUAACUACACUUGGGAAGUGCACUUCCGAUGAGUUUGUUGUGUGGCCACGAGAUGAAGGAAAUCCAUAGAAGAGGUCCUCUUAACAAAAUUUAGUUACUAACUUUAUAGCUAUGAAAUUCCCCCAGGCAUUUGUUUUUGUUUCAACAGACUUUAACCUCUGCAUCAUACUUAACCCUGCGACAUGCGUACAGUAUGCAUAUUUUGUUUUGAAUAAAAAAUGUUUUGUUCCAGUCUGUUAAGAAUAUUCAAAAAAUAAUAAAGGUAUUGCUUAAUAAAAUUGCUAGAAUUGUUUAGCAGUACAUGCACAAAUAUUUUACUAGAUUCUUUGUUUUAAUAGUGUUUUGUUGAGACUGAAAAUCCUAAUGGUCUGCGCAAAUACAAAAGAAAAACACCAAAAUGCAAAAUUCUCCAGUUUUUGUUCCUUUGUGUAAAGUUGUUCUUUCUGCAAGUGCAAACAACAGUCACCUGUGCACACACACACACACACACACGGGGUCCCUUUGUUGCUGUUUGGAAUUGCAGUGCUUUCUUGGGGAUGUGAAUGAGCGAGCGAGCGAGCGAAUGGGUACCAGCGGGAUGCACUAACUGCACUGAAUUCUUGGUUGUUAAGCAGUUGCAGAAAUGAGCAUUUUGACAGCCCAACUAGAGGUACAAUACAGAUUUCAAUGGGGCUGAGGGCUGGUGGGUGACUCUUGGGAAAGGACUCACUGGAUGAGUUCUUAUUCGAAGAACCUCUGGAGUGAAUGUCCAGGAAAGUUUUUUUUUUUUUUAAACACAUUGUGCUCUGCUCUGGAAAGACCACUCUGCACUCCAUGUUUUUAGUAUUUCUCAUACUUCAUCUGUGCCAGGGGCAUUUCCAUCUUUGCAGGAAACUGACAAGGCAUAGCAUGCACCUUCCACCUACCUUUCAUGGCAUAAGAAGUUACUCUUUCUAAACACUGGGCAAGGUGAUGCCUCACUUCACACACACAGUUUUCUCUUAACAUCUUUUGAGACUGAUAUUGCAAGGAAAUUCUUGAUGUAUAUAAAGGGAUGAGAGGUUUCCCUUUGCUCUCAUUUUAGCUUUUGUUUAGAGAGAAUAGCAGCCGAAGGACAGAAAACAGCAACUGCCAUUGGUUUAGACAAUGAUAAACCCCCCAAAGACAGUUUCAAAAGUUAGAUGAAAUAAGGAAGCACUACUCAUAAUUAUAAAACCACCAUUUAGGUGAGGAAGCAACGGUAGAGGAGAAACGAGUCUUAUCUUCAACAAGUUCACUAGCAUUGGAAUAGUGUGUAAUUCCUGUAGAAUUUUUCUUGUCCCGCUUUUAUUCUUAUUAUAAGAGAAUGAUCUCAGUGCCUAGUUUCCUUAUUGCAAGUGUAUCACCACUCCGAUAUUUCCAGGGAUCCUGGGGUGAGGAGGCUCCAAAUAGGCAAUGGCUGCUUUCCAAAGUUAAGAAAACACUUGCUGAUGUUGCAAAUUUCACCACACCAGUUGUUUAUUUGUAGCAGUCUCCCCAGCACACAUUUGAGCAUGCUGGAUGUUGUGCACCUGUUAAUUCUGACAGAAUAAAUUCAAACUCUGCUCCUUUGUAAGCAU